CUAUUGUACGACAAAAGCGCGUAAGACUGAAUGAUUAUCGCUUCGUGAUAGUCCAGCUGUAAUUGACGCGCAAAGUACAGAAUCAAAAUAGUCUAUUAGUUUGCUUUUGUUUUGAAAGUAUUAACUUAUUUUUUUUCUUUUAUUUAUUUUGCAUGGACUGAUGCCAUUUUUUCAUGGAAAAUGUACAUCGAGUUCUAAGAUUGGGGGGAAACUAUUUUAUAUCUCCAAAGUGGAUUUCGCCAUAAGAACAACAGCUAAUAGUGGGCAAAAUACUUGCAGGACGUGAGGUGCACCAUUGCUGUCAACUAUGUCUAUGCCUCCGAGCUUUGGAUUUACCCAAGAGCAGGUUGCCUGCGUCUGUGAGGUGCUUCAACAAGGUGGGAGUAUCGAACGUCUAGGACGUUUUCUGUGGUCUUUACCUGCUUGCGAUCACCUCCACAAAAACGAGAGUGUACUGAAAGCCAAAGCCGUGGUAGCUUUUCACCGAGGAAACUUCAGGGAGCUUUACAAAGUAUUGGAGAGCCACCAGUUUUCACCGCAUAACCACCCAAAACUGCAACAACUUUGGCUGAAAGCCCACUACGUUGAAGCAGAGAAAUUGCGCGGUCGUCCUCUGGGCGCAGUGGGAAAAUACCGCGUCCGCAGAAAGUUCCCUCUUCCUCGCACCAUCUGGGAUGGAGAGGAGACGAGUUACUGUUUUAAGGAGAAGAGCCGAUGUGUACUAAAAGAAUGGUAUACUCACAACCCGUACCCUUCCCCGAGAGAGAAGAGAGAACUGUCCGAGGCCACGGGCCUCACCACGACGCAGGUCAGCAACUGGUUCAAGAACAGGAGACAGAGGGACCGGGCAGCGGAGGCAAAAGAAAGGGAAAACGAAGGCGCAAAUCCAAACUGCCACAAUCAACUGACCUCUCACGUAAACGAAAAUAAAUCUCUAUGUGAUAGUUCAGAGGACGACAAAUCUCCUUCUGCGACCCCAGAUCACACCUCCAUGAGCCCAGCCAUCCUCAUGCCCUCCAGUUCAGGUCUACCUCCGCUGCACAGCUUCGCUCCUCCAGGCCCAAACGCUUCCAUCAUCCCCGUCAGCAGCUCCGAAAAUCAGAGCCACCAUCACUUCAGCAUGCACGACGGUCUUCUCAACCCCAUGACGGCCAGCCUGGUGGAACUUGGAUAAUAAGAAACAGAAUACCUGAGCUUGUACUCCGCCCAAUAAAUAGCUACAUUAAUAUAUACCAGACAUUUUAUUAGUCAAGCUUAAAGGACGCAUCACGUAUGACGGGCAACAUCCAACUUUAUAAAGCCCAGCUUACGUGAAGACCACUGAUUCCACAAAUUCAGUAUAACCAAGGAAUAGUUUUUGAUAUGUCUAGCAACAAAACAAACUAAUAAAUCUAUUUAAUGAAGUCAAAAUGUGUUGUCUCCUUGCAAAAAUUUGCGGUUCUUUUGUUAAUUUACAGUUCUGUUUUUUUAUUAUGAAGAGUGGGUAAAAUACUUUUGUUUAUAACCACAAUAAAAUA